AUGACGCCGUCGAGCCAACCCGACUUCUCGCCGUCGCAGUUCACCUCCACCCAGAAUGCCGCCGCCGACUCCACCACGCCUUCCAAGAUGCGCGGCGCGUCCAGCACCAUGCCGCUCACCGUGAAGCAGGUCGUCGACGCGCAGCAAUCUGGCACCGGCGAGAAGGGCGCUCCGUUCGUCGUGGAUGGCGUCGAGAUGGCUAACAUUCGACUUGUGGGGAUGGUCAACGGCAAGGUGGAGCGGACGACCGAUGUGACAUUCACGCUCGAUGACGGCACCGGCCGCCUCGAUUUCAUCAGAUGGGUGAAUGAUGCUUCAGAUUCUUCCGAAACUGCUGCUAUUCAGAAUGGUAUGUACGUUGCGGUCAUUGGAAGCCUCAAGGGACUUCAAGAGAGGAAGCGUGCUACUUCUUUCUCAAGCAGGCCUAUAACUGAUUUCAAUGAGGUUACGCUGCAUUUCAUUCAGUGUGUUCGGAUGCAUAUAGAGAACACGAAAUCAAAGGCUGGCAGUCCUGCACGAACCAGUUCUUCUAUGGGAGUGUCAGUCUCAAAUGGUUUCAGUGAAUCAAGCACACCAACAUCUUUGAAAUCGAAUCCAGCACCAGUGACCAGUGGAGCAAGUGGUUCCGAUACUGAUUUGAGCACGCAGGUGCUUAAUAUUUUUAAAGAACCAGCGAACCUUGAGAGUGAGCAUGGGGUACAUGUUGAUGAAGUUAUCAAGCGGUUCAAACUGCCGGAGAAGAAGAUCAUGGAUGCUAUUCUCGACAAUGUGGACUUGGGCCAUCUCUACUCAACAAUUGAUGACUCCCACUUUAAGUCAACUUAA